AGGAGCGCCUGGAGAUCCGUUUUUUCGAGCGAGCCAAACAAAAAACCAGAACCUCGCUCCUGGCUGUGAUCCCAGCUCUAGUUUGGUCGUUCCGGUGCUGACGUGGCGGCGGUGGUUUCGUGCCAUGAGGAUGUGAUCUCCAUGGCCUCGGAAUAGCCCAAAUCGGAGAACGCAUGGUCCUCUUCGUCGUCAUCGAGUUUGGCCGUGGUUCUCCGAUUUGCGAUCCAGAAACGUUCUAGAAGCUUCUCCCCAGCUCAUCCGUCGUUUCUGGAAUCUUCGCCGGUGAAUUCUGCUGAGGAUUCGAGCUGGUUCAGCGGGAUGUCGUUCAAACACAUUGUUCGCGAGCUGAGAGAGAUGAAAGAUGGAAUUGGGAGCAUGUCGAGGAGAGUGGGUGAAAGGAAGCUUUGGCACAGCCGAACCAUGUCACAUAUAUCUCCUGAUCUGGCUUCAACCACUCAUGUGAUUCAACAGGGCCAGUGGGCGAAUCUGCCUCCGGAGUUGCUUUUUGAUAUAAUAGAGAGGGUUGAAGAGAGUGAAGCUUCGUGGCCUGCUAGAAAAUCUGUUGUCUUUUGUGCUUCGGUUUGUAAGUCGUGGAGGGAUGUUACGAAGGAGAUUGUCAAAACUCCCGAAGAAUGUGGAAGGCUCACAUUUCCUAUCUCAUUGAAGCAGCCGGGGCCUCGUGAGUCUCCAAUGCAGUGCUUCAUCAAAAGGGAUAGAGCGACUUCCACAUUUUAUCUGUACUUCGGUCUGGUGCCUGGUGAGGGCGUGAGAGAUAAAAAACUGUUAGCAGCCAAAAGGAUCAGAAGGGCAACAAGCACAGAGUUUAUUGUAUCUUUGGUCGCAGAUGAUUUCUCUCGAGCUAGCAGUACAUAUGUUGGUAAACUGAGGUCCAACUUCUUGGGCACCAAGUUUACCAUAUAUGAUAGCCAGCCGACGACAUGUGAUGCAAUGGUCCAAGCGAAUAGUCGAUCAUCUCGAAGGUUUAAUUCUAAGCAGGUGUCUCCUAGAGUUUCAGCGUGUACCUACAAUGUUGGGACUGUCUCUUAUGAACUCAAUCUUCUUCGCUCAAGAGGCCCAAGAAGAAUGCAGUGUGCUAUGCACUCUAUUCCUGUCUCUUCUAUUCAGGAGGGAGGCACCGCCCCAACACCGACAAUUUUCCCACAAGUCUGCGAUGAACAAUUUUCUCCCUCACCUAGUUUGAAAGACAAGGAGCUAGCCACAGAUUUCAACUCUACACCCUCUACACCCUUUUUGCAGUCACCUCUUGCAUCUCACCCUGGUGCAGAACCGCUGGUUUUGAAAAACAAGUCUCCUAGGUGGCACGAGCAGCUACAAUGCUGGUGCCUUAACUUCAGAGGGCGUGUUACAGUGGCUUCUGUUAAAAAUUUCCAGCUUGUCGCAGCUGUUGAUCCAUCCCACAAUGUUUCGGCCGAACAGCAAGAUAGGGUAAUCCUGCAGUUUGGAAAGAUUGGAAAAGACAUCUUCACCAUGGAUUACCGCUACCCACUGUCUUGUUUCCAAGCAUUCGCAAUCUGCUUAAGCACCUUCGACACCAAACCAGCUUGUGAAUGAAACUUAUUGUAGAACAUGAUCACCAUUUUCUGAAUCUCGCUAUUAAUUUUGAAUCGAAUGUAUGAUCACUAUGUUCUACAUAAAACUUCUUCAUGCUUUGAAAAUGCUGCUGGAAAUUGUAGAUAUGCUGCGGUCCAUUGACCGUUCCAUUACAUUUUGUCUCAUUGGUACUACUGAAAUUGAAUCAAGAAGAUGAACACUUGAAUGAC